AUGCGCAAGGAAACGCAGCGACGCAUCGAGCGCGCGCUGAAGAAGGUGGGCAAGGCGACGACGAAACUUCGCGUGGCGCGAGAGACGGUGGAAGCGCUCAUGGCAAAGGAGGACGCGAGCGAAGCCGAGUUAGCCGCCUGUCCGGACGUCGACGCGAUCGCGAGCGAUCUCACGAGUUGCAAGACUGAGCUCAAUGAUUUAAAUGCGUUGAGUGACGUAUUGCGUGGGUGUAAGAGCGUGAAUUCGCCGAUGUUCGUCGAUGACGCGUACGAGCGCGCGAAGGCGUUGCGCGUGGACGACGCGCCGCCCGCGCGACCGCCGCGAGUGCCAAAGGUGAAAGGGCCGAGGUCGGAUAAACCGAGGAUGCCGUACUGGACGUUCGUCAGCGUGGAUGGGAUUGAUAUACGCGUCGGGCGAACGUCCUCAGAUAACGAUAGCGUGAGUUGUGAUCCGCAGUGUCGCGACUCGAGAGACUGGUGGAUGCACGCGGCGGGGUGUCCGGGAUCGCACGUCGUCAUUCGAUACACCGGAGACGAUUUACCGAAGGAAACGAUGAUAGACGCGGCGGUUUUAGCGGCUGCGAAUAGUAAGGCCAAUCAGGUCGGGCGCGCGCCCGUGUCGCUAGUGCGAUGCCGGCAAGUGAGUAAACCACGCGGCGCCAAGCCUGGACUGGUGCAGUUGAGCGGCGACGUGCGCACGGUGACUGUAAACGUCAAAGACGAGGCCGCGCGCUUAGAACGAUUGAUGACGACGAAAAGUUGA